UUGUGAGUAACAAGAGUUACAAUUAUUUCUGUUGCAAUAGAAAUAAGUAGCUGAAAGUUCCGAUUGCAGUAAAUUGUUUUUUUUCAUACUUGCCCUUUCAAGUUGUUCAUCAAAAUGUCGACAAAGUUGUUCAUCUUUUAUUUUUACUUUUGCAUACUCACACAUGCUAUAGUUCAUACAUCUGCAGCUUUAUCGAAUAGUAAAAGUCAACAGACAGUCGAGUAUUUUGAAUUGAACUCGGUUAAAUACUUAUUAUUUUCUCAACAUGUUACGUGGCCUGAAGCUGAUAUGCUUUGUCAAAAUAAUGACGCGAAACUGGCAAUUUUAGAUACUAAAGAAAAAGCAGAGGCUGUUAUGGAAGCAAUUUCUGAAUCUAACUCAGAUAUCGAUGAUGCUUGGAUAGGUGGUCGACGAAUUCAAUCUAAUUGGAUUUGGUUUAAAAUGGACGAUAAUUCUACAGAAAUCAGCAACCGAAUAUCAAUGAGACCUGACAAAAAUAAUUUUCCACCAUGGAUUCGAGAACCCACGAACGCAAACAAGGCUUGUCUAGCUAUUAACAGAAUAUUGCACGCCAUUCCUGUUUUUGUUGAUUUAGAAUGUCGACUAUUAAGACCAUUUAUUUGUGAAAAAAAUGCAAUCGGUGAUAGCAAUCAAAAUGGAAUACCAAGCAAGUACGUGGUUAUUGGUAAAAGUACUUUUUCACUUUAUCACAGAAAAUCGACUUGGUUGGAGGCUGCUACAUUUUGUCGCGAUCAGGGAGCUCGCUUGGCUAUUAUCAAAAAUAAAUUCGUAGCCAGAGUGAUAGCUAAUAGCAUGACAACCACUAGACCAGAUUUUGAGCAAGUUUGGAUUGGAGCUCGAUUUUACGAAGGACACUGGACUUGGCUAGCUACCGGAACAAUUUUGAGCUCGUUGACCGACGAAACUGGCUACCCCCCAUGGCGAUUUGGGAAGGCUGAAAAAAAUAGUGGCUGCCUCUUACUUGAUAGGCAUCUUGAAAAAAGGCCAAAUUUUAUUGGAUCAAUAUGCAAACGAAAGAGAGAUUUCAUUUGCGAGGAAUAUCCAGAAGAUGAGAGUGAAGAUUGGAUGAAUGAACCUAUUAAACAUUCCGAUGGGAAUUAUACGUUUGUGAUUUAUCCAAUCGAUAAAACCUGGAACGAUAGCCGCGUCUAUUGUCAAAAGCGGGCAAGUUCUUUGGCUACGGUUAAAACUUUAUCGAUCGCUAAUACGAUCAUUGCAGCAAUGGGCGAUCAUCCACAAGGACUUCAACACGUUUGGCUGGGCGGGCUUCGCCAAAAUAAUCUUUGGCGUUGGAUCGAAAAUGAUGAAAUUAUCACUAUUAACAAUAGUUUAUCACAUAUUCCUCCUUGGGCGAGUAUUGUUGAAGAAAACAACGUUCGAACCGACGGGUCUUCGUGCUUAAAUCUAGACAGAAAUGACCACGUUGAGCCUUACCUUUACGGGUUGAAUUGCAAUAGUAAACAGCCAUUCGUAUGCGACAUUGGAUGCGAUAAACUUCCGCCAAUUGAUCAAGGCAAUUGGGAAUGUAAUAAUGAAUCUAAUGAAAAACAUUGCUCGAUAAAAUGUAACGAAAGCUAUGUAUCCAUGGGUCUGGAAAAAAUAUACUGUACACCUGAAAAAGGCUGGAACAGUUACAAGGAUUGGCUGGAACUCCCCAUUUGUCUAGAUGCUAAAGCUUACGUUGAUCGGAUGAUAAAAGCCAUUUAUAAAGAUUUGCAAAAAAGCGAUGGUUAUUACAUUAUAUUGGGACAUUUCAAUAAAAAAAUACAAAAACUCUCGUUUGAUUUUGCCGAACAAUUUGUCAAGAUUUUUCCUCUUAGUAAUCAAACAAAAAUGGGAAUGACCAGUUAUAUCACGCUUCCUGCAAGCAACAUUAUUUAUGAAGAAAUCGAUUCAUGUGAAGUUUUGGAUAUUAUACCCAAGAUGAAAAGUAUUCAGCCACUUGAAGAUGUUCCAAAUGAUAAAAUAAUACAUUUUACUGACUUGGAGAAGUAUGUGUUGAACAAUUUUGAUCGGAGAACCCUUAUAAUUGCUUUCGUCGAUCCAGUAAGGGUGCAUCAAAACAAGGAAAUAUUUGAAGAAUUGAGAGAUGCUGGGCAUUACGUAAUCGGUAUUGGUUUAAAAGAGGAUUGGGAAGCUCUAUUGCCAAUCACCACUAUUGGGUUUGAUCAACAUCUUAAUCUUUACCUUUUUAGUGAGGAACAAUUUGAAGUUAUUUAUAAUAUCUUUAGAGAUGAAGCAAAUGUAAAUUUAAAUUGUUCAGCGAAGUCAAAAUCCACGUUUCAUGGAAAGACCAGCAGCCAAGUUAACAACGCUGAGUUAGAUAAAACAAAUUUCAACACUGAAGAAGAUAAAAAAUUGAAACAAACUGAUGAAGUAUUAAAAUCGGAUGAACAAUCACAAGAAGGACCUCCUGAUAACUUGAAUGAAAAAACAGCUACUGAUAAAAUCGACGAGUCAACAACUGCUAAAAGUGACCAAGUUUUGAGAUAAAAUUGUUAAGCAUACAGCAAGCAUAUAAUUUAUAUAAAAAAUUCAUGAAUAAUUUACUUGAAUUUUUUGUUUGUUUUUUUCUGUUUUUUAUUCAAA